AUGUUGGUCGUACCUUCAAAAGACACAAAUGCUAAUGUCGCCUCGGAGGUGACAAUUGACUAUGACGAGUCCAUGGAUGUUGGUAAGAUCUUUGCAGAUCGAUGCAGAGAAAGGCGGGAUACAUCCGAGGGUAUUAUUGCCAUUGAGGUGCUCAUUUGUCUCAUGAAGUGCCGUAAUAUCAGAACUGUACAGGGUCUUGACGAAAUGGUAAAUGAUGCUGUUAAGAAGCUGCAAAAAACCAAUGAAAGUAAUUGCUCCGUUAAAUCUGCCUGCGACAUCUUUCAGCAUUUUAUUACAAUGGCAAAUCUGGAUGUUACGCUUUCCUAUGAACAGUUGAAGAAGAUGCUUCUUGACCGAGCUCGAAUGUAUUUGAGAAAAAUGAAGGGUUUCAGGGAUAACAUCGCUAGAAAUACUAACCAUCUGAUCGGCAGUAACUUCAAACUUUUGACCCAUGCUAAAUCUCGCAACGUCGUACAUUCCUUGUCUUACAUUGUUAAUAAUGAAAAGAAUCCAAGAUCGCUACAUUGCUAUGUCACACAAUCCAUGCCAAGUAAAUCUGGCGAACUGAUGGUUAAGGAGUUGGCAAAACACGGUGUAAGCUGUACUCUUGUACCAGACACCGCUGUAGGUUACAUCAUGCCGGAGAUUGAUGCCGUUGUUCUUGGAGCUGAAGCUGUCGUUGAGAGCGGUGGUGUCUUGAAUGCUUUGGGCUCUUGCUCGGUUGCUAUGAUAGCUUGCACUCUACGCAAACCGGUUUACGUUCUCGUGGAGUCUUUCAAAUUUCUUCGGGUCUACCCUUUCAACCAAUCGUACAUACCAGAUGAAUUGAAAUGGAAACACCAUAAGCAACCGACAGCACUUUCAAUUGCUGAUGGGUCAGUGGACGCAGAAAAGGAUAAUGAGAAUGUGCCGGCCCCGGCAUCAACCUCGAAGUACGACACCUGGGUUAAUAUAAAAAAUUCAAAUUCGGAAAAACCGAAGACUGAAGUACCGUCUAUCGAUUAUACAAGUCCCAAUUACAUUACCGCACUUAUCACUGAUCUUGGUAUUCUGGACACUGCGGCUUUAUAUCUCAUGGGACGUUUAUUUCCACUAUUAUGUGUUAUUGUUGCUCUUGCCUCGAAUGUGGCUUAUAGUAAGCCAAAUCCGAAUGGAAGCAAACUUUUGAUUCUCUUUAUCGAUGGCUUGAGACACGAUUACUUCGAUCACGUUUAUGAUACCGGAGGCGUCUAUCAAAUGCGUGAUAAUGGAUGUCAUGUGCCAAAAGUGAAGCCGCUUUUCCCCUCCAAUUGUUUCACCAACAUUCAUGCUCUCUUCGCAGGUCGUCAGUCAGAGCAUUUCAACAGCUUCAAUCUUACCACUGGCAUACAUUUCAGACACCGCGAUCUCCUUUGGUUUAGAGCUGCAGAAGAGGGCAAGAAUGUUAAGUUAUACCACUUCCCAUUCUGUCCUGACAUUCGUGAAAAAGGCAUUCGCUGCGUUCCACGAAGGAAAUACUGGAAGUAUACUCUUAAAUCAACUCUUGCUACUGCUAUGCACUCAUUGGCUAAUGAGACCACCGAUCUUGCAAUUGUCUACUACGAUGAACUCGAUACAAUCGCUCACCACUCUGGUUCCUCCAUGGAUGUUAUGAUGGAGAAUGACACCAUCUUUACAGUUGAUGAGGCAAUUUUAAGUGUUGUAGAGCAUAUUAAAAUCCACCCCGAGGAGAAUAUCAACUUUGCGAUUGUCUCCGAUCAUGGCAUGACAGAUAUCAAGGGCUUCGUCACUGCUGAACACAGAUUCUUUUGGUUUGAUAUCAUCCGUGUUGUCAAUCAUGGAGCGGUUGCGGGCCUAUGGCCCAAGCCUGGUGCCUUUAAGGAAGUCUAUGAAUUUGUGAGAAGGGACAGUGAUUAUUACAAGACGUACACGCCGGAAUCACUACCAAUGCAAGCAUGGCCAUCCUCGGAACUCCCACCUAUUGUCGUAGUUGCCACUCCCCCCUACUUCAUCGAUAUAAGUUACCAUCCCUUCAGGGCUCUGGAUCAUCUCAACCCCCAAAAGUUGCCUAGAAAGCUCAAGGCUGGUCACGGCUACCUCUCAACAGUUGAGGACAUGCUAACCACCUUCUUGGCCUAUGGUCCAGCUUUCACACAGGGCUGUGGCAUUAAUAACAAUGGAAGCUUCUUCACCUAUGAUGUUUUCCCAAUUAUUCAUAAAGCUCUUUUCUCAAAACCACCUCCACCAGUUGCUACAUCUUCAACCACCCCAAAACCGACUGAAUCCAAGACUACAACUACAACUUCCACCACCACCACUACCACCAUCACCACUUCUCCUUCCGUCGCGACUACUACAAUGCAAACACCAAAACCAGAGGCCAUAAGCAGCGCUGGACAAUCGUCUGGAUGGGAGUUUAAAUUUGCGCUGGGAAUGAUUUGCACUCUAUUUGCCAUAAUUCUCCUCCUCGGUCUGGUGAUAGUGCGUCUCCUGAGAAAGAAAUAUGUACGAGAUGAUAGGGUUCGCCUCUUUGAUUCUUUCACAGAAGCGAAAUUCUUCGUUGGUAACGAAAACCAGCAGCAUCAAGUAGACGGCAUGAGGGACUCGAGGGUCUAG